AUCCAAACAUAAUUGCUAUGGGUUUUCCUGCAGAGAGGCUUGAAGGAGUAUACCGCAACAACAUUGAUGAUGUAGUAAGGUUUUUGGAUUCAAAGCAUAAAAACCAUUACAAGAUAUACAAUCUAUGUGCUGAAAGACAUUAUGACACCGCCAAAUUUAACUGCAGAGUUGCACAGUACCCUUUUGAAGACCAUAACCCACCGCAGCUAGAGCUUAUCAAACCUUUUUGUGAAGAUCUUGACCAAUGGCUAAGUGAAGAUGACAAUCAUGUUGCAGCAAUCCACUGUAAAGCUGGAAAGGGACGAACUGGUGUAAUGAUAUGUGCAUAUUUGUUGCAUCGAGGCAAGUUUUUAAAGGCUCAAGAAGCCCUAGAUUUCUAUGGGGAAGUAAGGACCAGAGACAAGAAGGGAGUGACAAUUCCCAGUCAGAGACGCUACGUGUACUACUAUAGCUACCUGUUAAAGAAUCACCUGGAUUACAGACCAGUGGCACUGCUGUUUCACAAGAUGAUGUUUGAAACAAUUCCCAUGUUCAGUGGCGGAACUUGCAAUCCUCAGUUUGUGGUGUACCAGCUAAAGGUAAAGAUAUUCACCUCCCCUUCAGGACCCUCAAGGCGUGAAGACAAGUAUAUGUACUUUGAAUUCCCUCAACCUUUGCCGGUAUGCGGUGAUAUCAAAGUGGAAUUUUUCCACAAACAGAACAAGAUGUUGAAAAAGGACAAAAUGUUUCACUUUUGGGUAAAUACAUUCUUCAUAGGACUGGAUGAAAAUUCAGACAAAGUAGAAAAUGGAAGUCUAGUUGCAGAUCAGGAACUUGAUGGUAUUUUCAGUACAGAGCGCUCAGAUAAUGAUAAGGAAUAUUUAAUCCUUACAUUAACAAAAAAUGAUCUAGACAAAGCAAAUAAAGACAAAGCCAACAGAUAUUUCUCUCCAAACUUCAAGGUGAAGCUAUUUUUCACAAAAACAGUAGAAGAGCCAUCAAAUCCAGAGGCUAGCAGUUCAACUUCUGUAACACCAGAUGUUAGUGACAAUGAACCUGAUCAUUAUAGAUACUCUGACACCACUGACUCUGAUCCAGAGAAUGAACCUUUUGAUGAAGAUCAGCAUACACAGAUUACAAAAGUCUGAAUAUUUUUUUUAUCGGAGAUAAAAAAAACACACACACAAAAAAACAACCAACCGUGAAGAGUGACAAACUUGAAUAAACUGAAAAAAAAGGACCUUUUUAAAUGGCAAAAGGACACAGUGUCAGAUUACAGUGAUAGGCACAAUUCUUUCCUGACCAAUCUUGUUUUGCCGUAUAAAUCUACAGGGUUUGACACUUGUCCAGUUGGGAAAAAAAAAGGUUACGUAGCUCUGAUAUGUAUAUACCUUUUUGUGUCAAAAGGACAUUAAAACUUCAAUUAGGAACUAUAAACAUGGCACUUUCCCAUUUUAUUCCAGUUUUAUAAAAGUGGAGACAGACCUAAUGUGUAUACGUAGGAAUUUUUCCUUUUGUGUUCUGUCACCAAACGAAGUUUUGAAAAUAUACAGGUUCACAUCCUGCCCCUUUUUUUGCACUUGUGUGGCAACAGAAAAGUCUACAGUUGGCUAAGAGAUGUUUCUAGAAGGUUUUACUACAUUCUAAUGCAUGUAUUUUGGAUGGGGGAUGGAAAGUAAUGCUCAGAAAGGAAUAUAGUCUGCUGGAGCUUGGCCUUUGUACCACAUCCAGCUAUUUACAUGCACCUUUCUUUGGCAUGCUACCAUAAUUCAUCCUCGACAAUUGAAGAAUCGCCGCUGUCACUGCUUGUUGUUUGUGCAUUUUAUUUUUUUAAGUGUAAUGGUGCUAGAAAAGGCAGCUAGAGGGAGUGAUACUGUAUAGGGGUACAGGAAUGAACCUUCACAACAUCCUAAAGACUCACAAAUGAAGGGAGAAAAAUUAUUGGGGUCACAGAAAGGAAACACAGCAACAAUGACUUAACCAUACAAAUGUGGAGGCUAUCAACUCAAGUACGGGCUUGAAACAAAUUGUUACAAAAUUUGACAAUUACUUAUUCAUUGGGGUUUUUUUUCUGAAUUGUAAUGGCUGCUCCAUCUCCUGUGUAAUCAAGGCCAGUGCUAAAAGUCAGAUGCUAUUAGUGCAUACAUCAGUCAACAUCUUAAAUGUAUGUUAUUAGUUUUUCAAUCAUAUUCAAAAUACUUCAUGUGCUGCCUUGCAAGCUUUUUUCUCAUUAAUAUAAAAAUAUUUUGUAAUGGUGCACAGGAAAUUUCAAUUGGAGAUUCUCCAGGUUAAUGCUUGUUUUGAAGAUUUAUGAUGCAUUUAUUCAAUCAAACCUCUGUCAGCCAUACCACCCCUUUGACCUUACACAUUCUAUUAUGAUGAGUUUUGCAGUUUUGCACACUUUUUUUUAAAAAAAAAAAAGUCAUUAACUGUCAGGGAAUUUUACUUGAAUACUCAGUACCUACGAUGUUU